AUGACUGAAAGCUUAGAUCUGUCAGGAUUGAGAGCUAAGGUUUCCUCAAAAUUGAACGACUCUGCCAAAAAAUCAGCAGGUAAAGCAUCUAAGAAAUCAAAAAAGAAUGCCCCUUCUGAGGAGAAAAAAACCAAUGAGAAAGAUGAUCUAAUUCGCAAAGAAGCUUUAGCUUUAGGUGCUUCUGAAAAAGAUUUAGAAUUGAUAAAAGGUUUGACUGAUGAUGAAGAUGAAUCUAAAUCUGAACAGGAAUUUGGAGAUGAAAAUGAUGAUGAGGUAGAAGAAGGUUUCCAAGAUGACUUGAAAAGUUUUAUGAAAAAUAUUGGCCUGGACAAAAACACAGUCGAAGACUUAUCAGAUGAUGAUGAUGAAAAAGAGGAAGAAGAAAGAAAAAAUGAGGUAAAAAAGUCUUCUAGUGAAGAUUCCACUUCAGGUGAGUCUCUUAGUUCAAACUCAGAAUCCGAACACGAAGAAGAGGAAAAUGAUGACGACGAUGAAGAACAAGAAUCAUCAGUCGAAGAAGAACAAGAAAAAGAAGCUAAAAACAAAGAUUUAGUUACCGAUUUACACAUGGUUAAAUCUGAUAAACUGUUAGUUCCAAAUGACAAAGUGUGGUUCCAAAUUCCAUUAGAUAAUCAAAUUAAGGAAAACAUCAAGGAAAAUGUUCAAUUAACUGAUGAUCAAAUUAAGGCUCUUUUUGAAAGAGGUAAAAAAGCCAUUGAAGAAGAUAAUCAAUUAUACUAUGAUGAGUUUACUAAGGAUUCCUCUCAAAGAAAGUUUAUGUCUCAAAUUUUAGCUGAUGGUACUUUGAAUGAUAAAAUUUCUGCCUUAACUUUGUUAAUUCAAGAAUCUCCAUUGCACAAUAUCAAAUCAUUAGAUACUUUAGUUGGAUAUUGUAAUAAGAAAUCAAGAAAUUCCAUUCUUCAAAGUUUAAAUGCAUUAAAGGAUUUAUUCUUAAAUGGUCUAUUCCCUGACAGAAAAUUAAGAUAUUUCAAAAAUCAACCAGGUCUAUCAAUGAUGUUGAAUAAGAGAACAUUAGCUAUCUUUUACUUUGAAGAUUAUCUAAAGAAAUCAUUCUUUAAUAUUUUGCAAGUCUUCGAAAAAUUAUCUCAUGAUCCAAUUAUUCACGUUAGAUUACAAACUUUGAAUCACAUCUUUGACUUUAUUACUCAAAAGCCAGAACAAGAAUUUAACUUAUUAAGAUUAGGUGUCAACAAAUUGGGUGAUAUUGACUCAAAGGUUGCAUCAAAGGCUUCACAUUUAUUACUAAAGUUGCAACAGGCUCACCCAAAUAUGAAGAGUGUUAUUGUAGAUUCAAUUAUUGAUGUUGCUUUAAGACCAAAUGCUGAUUAUCAUGCUACCUAUUAUUCUGUUAUUACUUUGAACCAAACUAUUUUAAAAAGAACUGAAGAUGAAAUUGCCAAUCAAUUGAUUAAAACUUACUUUACCCUUUUUGAAAAGUUCUUAAUUAGUACUGAUAAGGAUAAUGCUGAGAAUAGUGAAACCGUUAAAACCAAAGCCAAAGGUUACGAAGCUAAAAGAAAGAAGAACGUGAAAAAAGGUAAACAUGGUGGUGAAUCUGUUAAAAAUGAUAAGACUGAGGCUGAAUUAGUUUCUGAAAAGAACUCAAAGCUAUUCAGUGCUUUGUUAACAGGUGUCAAUCGUGCAUUCCCAUUCGCAAAGAUGCCUGCCACAGUUUAUGAACCUCAUUUGGAUACAUUAUUCAAAAUUACUCAUUCUUCCAACUUUAAUACCUCGAUUCAAGCUUUGGUCUUAAUUAAUCAAGUUACUUUCAAAGCCAAAUUGAAUUCGGAUAGAUACUAUAGAACAUUAUAUGAAAGUUUAUUGGAUCCAAGAUUGGUUACCUCAUCAAAACAAGGUAUCUAUUUGAAUUUGUUAUUCAAAUCUUUGAAGCAAGAUUCUGAAAAUAUCGAAAGAGUUGAAGCAUUUGUUAAAAGAAUUCUGCAAAUUUGUUUGCAUUGGCUAAAUGUGGGUACCAUAGCAGGUUUCAUUUUCUUGUUAACCCAACUUUCAAAGGUUUGCCCUCAAAUUUUAAAUUUACUAACUAACUCACCUGUUGAUCAUGAAUAUCAAUCAGAAGAUGAAAAUGACGGUGAAGAGAAGAAGAACCAAAAAUCCUACGAUAGCCGUAAACGUGAUCCAAGGUUUGCAAAUGCUGAUAAAUCAUCAUUGUUUGAAAUUUCAUUAUUUUUAAACCAUUACCACCCAACUGUUCAAACUUAUGCUGAGGCGUUCAUAAAUAAGGACAAAUCGCAAGAUGUUACCAAACCUGAUUUAGGGUUAUACACUUUAUCACACUUCUUGGAUAGAUUCGUUUACAGAAAUGCUAAACAGAAACCAAUUACUAGAGGUUCCUCUAUUAUGCAACCGUUAUUUGGUGGCUCUCAAAUUAAUGAAUCGUUAUUGGUUAAAUCUAGUGAUAUGGUUUUGAAUAAAACUCCAGUAAAUACAGAAAAUUGGUUGAGUAAAAAGAUCAAUGAUAUUAAACCUGAUGAAAAGUUCUUCUACCAAUAUUUUACUACAAAGCAAAAUGCAAUUAAGAAUGUUCAGAAGAAAGAAACCAGAGGCUUUGAUGAAGAAAGUGAUCUAGAUGAAGAUGAGGUUUGGGAUGCUUUAGUAAAAUCUAGGCCAGAUGUCGAAGACGAUAGUGACUCUGAU